AUGGCAGAGGAAAUUGACUCAAUUCAGAAGAAUGAAACUUGGAAAUUGUAUGAAUUACCAGAAGGAAAGAAGGAAAUAGGUGUCAAGUUGGUAUAUAAAACAAAAUUGAAGCCAAAUGGAGAAAUUGAGAGGCAUAAUGCAAGACUUGUAGCUAAAGGGGUUUCUCAAGAGUAUGGAGUUGAUUACGAGGAUGUGUUUGCUCCAGUGGCUAGAAUAGACACAGUCAGGAUUAUUUUGGUACUAGAAAUGAUUGAGAAGUUCAAAUCAGCUAUUAAGAAGGAAUUUGAUAUGACAGACUUAGGUCUGAUGAAGUAUUUUUUGGGUUUGGAAGUGAAUCAAAGUGAAAAGGGUGUGCAUGUGUCUCAGAAAAAAUAUGCAAAAGACUUAUUGAAGUAG